GACACCACCAUCCUCAAGCUUUUGACGAUAUUGCAGAAGAAUGUGAAGCCGACGGAGCAGUUGUUGCGGGAGACCAAGGUCGGGGUGGCGGUCAACAAGUUGCGCUCCAGCAGCAACGCCGAGAUCGGCAACUUGGUCAAGAAGGUGAUUAAAUUUUGGAAGGAUGAGGUAUCUACCGAAAAAAAGAGCAAGGCCAAGGGCCCGGACAAGAGCCCGGCCCCUGCUAGCGAGGACAAGAAGUUUGUGUCUGAGCAACCACGCAACCCUAAAAACGAUGGGGUUUCGACAGAAUUGUACUCUGAUGCCACACGAAACGCCACCGUCACGGCGUUGUACACCGCGCUCGCGAUCCAGUCAACGCGCACGCCGAAGCAGAUUCUCCACACCGCGGAGCAGAUCGAGCGCGAGGUGUUUCGUUUCGCAGGUAUGGCGGUGGCGGACCAGUACCGCAACAAGUGCCGCUCGUUGAUCAUGAACAUUCGGAACAAGAACAACCCAGAGUUGCGUGAGCAGUUGCUCACGGAGCAGAUUUCGGCCGCAAAGGUGGUCACCUUGCCCCCAUCCGCGCUUGCGCCCGAGUCGUUAAAAAAGGAGAUCGAGGAGUUGCACAAAAAGAACUUGUUUGACGCCCAAGGUGCGACCGAGAAGCGUGCCAUCACCGACAGGUUCACGUGCGGAAAGUGCAAGGAGAAGAAGGUGAGUUACUACCAGAUGCAGACCAGGUCCGCCGAUGAGCCGUUGACCACGUUCUGUACCUGUGAAAACUGUGGGAAUAGAUGGAAGUUUUCCUAGUCCCAAUAGACAGCUUGUAUAGUGUUUGUCGCCGGUGCAAUGGCGGUGACACAAGUGUAUUAUAUCCUAUUGCUUGGUAUGUGUAGAAAAAGGUGAAGGGAAUUGAUUAGAGACAGAAGAUGGGCUUAUGAUUGCUAUGAACGGCUUUCAAUUACUUUGAUGAGGGUAUCUGUGCAUUUUCCCAACUCCAUUGGUAGACUACCGGACACUUUUUUGUGGUGUAUCUGUUUUAGUCAUAGCAAUUUGGUUACUAUAUACUUUUUUUGUUAUCAAAAAUUGAAGAACUACCACCCUUUAAUCUUCUCUCUAACUAUAUCCAGCUUACGAAG